ACCAAGUAAGUGUUUUUAUACUAACGAGGAAGUGUUGCAAAAAGUGUCCUGCAAACGAUGAAUAGACGAAGUGACGCGCGGUGGGAAUCGUCGUCGCGUGCUUUGUUAAAAAGUGUGGAUGUCAGCCGCCUAAAUAAGAAAAACAAUAUGGCUGCCAGAGGGGGAAGUUCGGCGUCUUGCGAGGAUGGCCUUGAAGUCUCCGACGAUGAGAAGAAGCCUGCAGGACAUAGAGCGAAAGACGCAGGGCAGAGGCCGACCUGCAAGCUCGACGCCAACGACCGGUUGAACUUGAAGGACAUCUUGUCGUCCUUCAAUGGGCCGGUCAGCCAAGAACAAGCAUGGGCCUUGUGUUAUCAGACGGCGAAGAGUUUGUCACGUUUGCCGGACAAGAAUUUCUACGAGAUCACGGAACUGUCGCAGCUCGUCCUUCACAAGGAUGGAGACGUAUGGCUCGGCGAUCUAAUCGGUAAGAUUACUCGAUGCUUAUCGCUCUAGCAACAUUUUCUCCACUCUACCGCAAUGUUCUCGGUAGGCAUGAUGAUCUUUAAAGCGCUUGAUUUCGGCCUAGACGAACAGGAAGAGAGGCUCUUAUCGCCGGAUCUAGAAGGCCUUAUAACGUUAAUGACUAAUUCGAACGAAGGGGGGUCAGAGGAGCGUCCGCAAGAAACGGAUGACGAAGGUAUUGAGCGUGAUUCUAGUGACGCUGAUGUAGAUGAAUGCUUGUCACAAAAAAGUAAUGAUACCUACGAACAGCGGCCGUCAAUAUAUUCAUUAAGAAAUGUAAUGCAAUUAUGUGCCAGGCAUAUGCAGACUAAUGUCGAGUCUGCCGAAGCUCAUUACAAAGCUGUAAUCCGGGCAUUUGUAGCGGAGGCUCUGGAACUGUCUCAGUUUUUGGACACAGUGGCGGCGGGGAAACUGAAACCGAGCGAAAGAGAUACCGCUAGCAACGAUGGCAAUAGGAUGAACUCGAUGUCCGUCCAGAACAUUGACACAUUAGAUUUCAUUGAUUGGACUGACAUUAGGAUUUGGAGGGCUAUACAAGCACGGUUUUGGGUACAAGUGAUCCAAGAGUUGAGGAAAGGAGUGAAAUUGAAAAAGGUAGAGGCCAACUUGGGUUCAAAGAGCACAACACGUGGGCACGGUAAGCGGGCGGAGUUUGAGUUAACGCCGUAUGAGAUAUUGAUGGAUGAUAUUCGAAAGAGAAGGUACCAUCUGAGGAAGACGCCUUCGCCGUCGCCGCAUUUGCAAAAAGACGCUCACGCGGUUAUUCUAGAAUUUAUUAGAAGUAGACCCCCAUUAAAAAAGGCCUCUGAAAGACAACUACCACCGUUGCGCAAGGAAUGGACCCUGCGAGAGUUACUCAUGGAGAGCAUAAAAAAGCCGCCAAAUUUAAGACCGUCCCGAAAUAGAUACAACCGUUGUAAAUAUUGUUAGAGGGCAAGGAGAGAGAUGAAGUUAAUGAUCGUAGGCGGCGAGUCCCGCAUGAUAGUCUUGGGUGAGGUUCCACCGUCGCAGCCGGAGCAGGAACAAGAACCAGCGCAGGAUGUGGCGGCUCAGUGGCAAGCGGAGAACCCUUCGACUAGUGGUUCUUCGUCAACGGCAACGGCCAACGCAACCGGGACCACUAACGUGCCGGCUACCGCGAGCCGAAGUAGAACGAAUGUACCGCCGGUACCGCAGCCGAGACAGAGAGUCGGCAAACCUGAGAUUAGGGUACCGGGAAACAGGAAUCGUAAGUCGCGUAGAAGGCGCAUUACGGUCCCAGAUCAAACCCAAAGUAGUGCAGACAAAGGAAACGAAUCAACCGCAGUACCAAAACCUCCAAGAAGGGAUCUUGACGGUUCAAAUCCUACAACAAAUAGGCGAAAAGUAAUACCUGUGGAUUUCGAUUUGAAGCUCGAUGCAGAGGAUGAUGACGAUGACGAAGAUUACAAUGAAGAAUUUGCUGUUACGAGAUUUGAGGAAGAAGACGAAGCAACGAAUUACUGGCAACUUAAAGAGGACUACUCAUUCGCGGACAGACGUAGCACGUGUAACAGGCAUAAAGAUCAUAGACAUGAUGAUGAUGAGGUAGAUUCUGCAAAUCCCUGGCGAAAAACUGGUGGACUUCGUUUGACAAGGAAUGAGUAUCACCGGUUUUGUGAUGCUCAACUAGAAUCUUACGAUCUUGCGACUCAAUGCCCGUCUAGAAGAGCAUCAGCCAAGAAACAUGCAGCUAGACGCAGUAUAGCUCUGACAGCGUUGACUGGCACCGCAUCUCUUCCUCAUUCAAGACCUCAGAGUCGUCAGCACAUAGGCGUGACAGAGUCAACGUUGAGCCAGGGGCCGAGUCCUAAUAUUAGCCUGAACCCUAGUCCUAGUUUAAGUCCUCAACCAAGAGCAAGACAACCCCGUCGUUCUCAAACGAUUGCCGAGGGUUCAACAAAAGACUCUGAAGAUCAAAAUGAAGACUGGCAAGAUGAUAAAGGACAGAAACCUACGUUAGGUGACAUGUUCCUGGAUGAAAGGCUUUCUUUAACUCUUGAGGAGAUUGUGCAUAUUCGUAGUGUACUUACCAAAGCCGAAUUAGAAUCUCUACCAGUAGAAGGUCGCGUAAAAGAAGAUGUGGAGAAACGACGUGUCUGUUUCCUUUGCCUAAAGACUAGAUUCGGACUGCUAGGUCCUUGGGGACAACGUUGUCGUUUGUGUGAAAGGACAGUGUGCGUGAAGUGUUACUCCAAAAUGCGAAUUCCCACAGAACACUUUGCACAUGUACCGGUGGUGUUAUUAUCGCCUGGUCUUCUUCUCUCCCCUUCAUCUUCUGAACCAGACACCAGCAAAAGUUCUUGGCUUAGAGGUAACGGAGCAGCUGGAUCUGCGCCGGCAUCGCCAGCCUCUAGACGCAAAGAUUCAUCACUGAAAAGCGUGACACCUUCAUCGACUCCAACUACGACACCUGUUUUGAUACUCACACCAACCUCGACACCACCUUCUCACACCCGUAAAGAAACUGAUCAUCUGGAUAAAAGAAGUUACAAAAGCAGCGGCAGUCCAGCGAACGUGCCAUCUCCAAAGGCGUUCUCUGGUUUCGGUAGUCAAAGCUCAGAGCAACGAUUGAUCGCUGAACGAUUACGGGGCGUUUCCAUGGUCGUCUGUCACGACUGUCGCAUAAUGGUGAUACAGAUAAUUAAGAGUUCGAGAAUAACAAGGGCUACGUUACGCAACAAUGUCAUCUCGCGACUUACUUUGAACCUUUCACCAGCUUACGUUUGAACCUCCGCCCUCUGACAUUGGAUGUCCGAUUUAUCAGGUGUCGAAUGGAAAACAGACGCGUCUUCUUGUUCACAAUCCUGAUAAGUAAAUAACACGCUACUGUGCCAGUAACUGAGGCACGUAGAUUUAGAUUCUUUCUCCUUGUACCAAUGUCUUCUUGUUCUCUCUGUAAGGCUAAUCUUCUGCGAGUGGUUGCCAGACUCUCUUCGGAACAACGAGUGUCUCAGUUGGUACACAAGAGUUCAGACGUUAUUAUGUUGGUUUGAAAAUUCAGUAUGGGUGGCGAAGGAUUUACAUAGAAUUUCUUUAGUGUGAUAUUCUGAAGCUACUUUGUUCUUUCUGUGCAGUUACCUAUAGCAACAAUUCAGAAAGGAAUACUUCCAAUUAUCUUUUCUUCUAUUUUUCUUUUUCAUUAGAAAUUAGCACUGGAUCAUUAGGUACAGCGAUGUUUGUUAUCAUUUCGAAAAGAAACAGUUUCUGAAAAUUCUCGUUGAAAAAAAAAUGAGGAUGGAAGUGCAGUAUAUAAACACAAGAUAGAUCUAAAUUGUUUCGGUAAAGUAUGGUGUGGUCUAAGACGUAAGGAAUCUAGUACGAGAAACCGGUAUACUGUGGCGUCUAAUAUAGUCUACGUACCUACAUUCAGGCUUAUAUCUAAGUAGUUAUCGUUAAUGCAUGCAAAUUUAAAAUGAAAAAAUGAAUAUAAUUAUAGAGUCGAAUAUUUCAUUAUGGCGGCUAAGAUUCCAUUUUUGGUUCGCGAUGAUGGUGAACUAUUUUUGCUUCCCAAGUCAAUGAUAAUUACUAUAAUAAUUAAUCUUAACGAUAUAAAGAGAAAGAGAUACAAAAUGCUAUGUGCGUUCUCAGUUCAUAAACACUGGGAAUCCGUUUAAUCCGGGCGAGUCGUUUCGGGCACGGAUAUUAUGUGAAUUUCGCCCCCUACAUUGUUGU